AUGAAACACGCGAGCCAAAUUACGGCAAUUGUCCUGAUUCCCAUCGGCUUCCUUGGUCUUACCAUUGGCCUAACAUAUGCACCAUGUUACGCCACGGUAUGCCCGGAGGACUUUCUGCACCGGGAAACGAAAAUUCAUUUGGGGACCUUCUAUCUCAUGCUUGCCAUUUUUGGCUUUGGCCUUUUUCUGCAAUCGUAUUUCGCCUCAAUGCGAACAUUGUGCUCCUACUGCACACCAUUCGAAAUCCCAAUUCUUCGCAAGCGCCUUUCCGUCGGCGGGUUUCUAGUAUCUGUGUGGAUAAUUGGAAGCACUCUUGCUACCACUGCAAUUUGGAUGCAACCUCUACUCGACUUCUGGGGUCUGCGGACGGAUCCGCUAGAGUGGACAACGACCAAGCUUCAACUGACGUUUACUGGAGUCACUGGUCAUUACGCUGACUUCCUGAUGGGUCUCAUGAUAAUUCCAGUCUCGAGGAACAGCUUGGUAGGCCGGGCAUUUGGUGUGCAUCACAGCACGUUAAUGGCUGCGCACAAAUUCGUUUCGUAUUUAUUCACAGCUGCCGUGGUAGCACACGGAGUCACCUAUCUGACAUAUGCCAUGGCUCCUUUUGCCGAAAGCGAACUGAAAGACCAUACAUUUGCCACUGGAAACCCAACAAUGACCCUGGAAGAAUCCGAAGCGCGAGGUUCCUGGUAUACAACUACCACAUACAAUGGCAUUGCCAGCCUUCUUAUCAUCAUAGUUAUAGUUCUGACAUCUCUGCCCUUCGUAAGGCGACGGAACUACAACAUGUUCUACUACUUCCAUUGCUUUUGCAGUACUUCUAUCUUUAUUGGAGCCAGCAUACACGCCAGUACAGACUUUUACCUUGUAUUACCAGGCCUAUUUCUUUAUAUGAUCGAUAUAGGGAUGCGUGUGUUCUCAGGAGAAUCCGGCGGGUCACACAACAAAGUGGCAGCAAUUAUCGAGAACGCAGGUGCAGAUUGGUAUCGGAUCUCAUUUCCCGCUUGGGAUAAAAAAUCCAAAAGCAACACCACCGACCUUCUUACAGAAAAAGCGCUCACCAUGGGAUUCCCACUCAAGUAUUACUACAUCAACGUCCCCAACAUCAGUAAGAUGCAGAAUCACCCCUUCACAGCCGCAGUACCUAGCACCAAUACCUCGGGUCCUGUCUUCCUGUUUCAAAAAUCUCAAGGCAAAAAGCAGAAGAGCCUUAACAAGGAAUGGACUUGGAAGCUAGGUAACAUGGUCCCUAACAGCGGCGACAAGAUGGACCUCGAAGUCCGCCUAGAAGGACCAUACCUACCACGCGACACCCGCUUCGAAACUGCUUACCACACCCUAUGCAUUGUUGGCGGAACCGGCCUGACAGGCGCAUACAGUCUUGCCACUUGGUGGCUAGAAGCGCGCGCAUCCAACAGCGGCAGUACCUUCACCCUCGUAUGGACUAUACGCGACAAAGAAGCUUCCACCAUCGCGGAAUGGCAAUUGCUCAACGAAAUUGCUGCGCGGACGCCGGGAUUGAUGCUUAUCACUCAUGUAAGUUCACAGGACGGAAGACUAGAUCCAGCGAUGCAUGUUAGGAAAGCCGUAGGCUUAAAUGAACGAGGCGCUUCUUUCGUGACAGAGAAGGAGCGUGCGACACAAGAUGCGGUAUGGGUGUAUGGCGCAGGGCCUGAUGGCUUGGUGCGCAGUGUAGAGGGUGCGUGCGUGCGUGCGAGGGCUGAUGUUCGCAAAAGCGAUAGAGCGUGUGGUGGGACAGAGAUAAAUUGGUACAUGGCGAAGUGGGAGGUUUAA